AGAUUUCUACGACAGGUAUCCCUGCAGGCCUGGCUACAAAUAACAAAAUGGCGUCGUCCGCUUCUCAUGGCUCAAGAAGGUUUUACAAUUUUUCAGAUGAAAAACCUAACCACCGCAAAGACCACAGUACAAGAUCCAAGAAACCAGUAGACAAGCUACUUCGCUAUAUAGAGGAAAACUGCAUAGGAAGAAAUACAAUCUUUAGCGGGCCCUAUGGGUUUCGAAAAGUUGUCUAUUGCGACUACAUAGCUUCAGGAAGGGAUAUUAUCCGUAAUGCUGUAAAUGCCGGGGAGGGAGAUGCUGUCAUCUUCACAGGCAGUGGGUGCACCGCAGCUGUUCAUAAACUCAUCCACGCCCUACACUUACAACAACCACCAAUUGUUUUUGUCGGCCCAUAUGAGCAUCAUUCAAACCUGUUGCCAUGGAAAGAGGCUGGGGCAGAGAUUGUUUGGAUAUCCCAGGAUGGGCAAGGGGUUGUGGAUGUCAAUGACCUGGAUCAGAAGCUUCAGACAUACAUUUCCUUUGGGCGUCAGCUGAUUGGCUGUUUUGCCGCUGCCUCUAACGUGACAGGAAUCCUUGUUGACACAAAUUCUAUAACUGCAUGUUUGCAUCGGCAUGGAGCAUUAGCUCUGUGGGAUUAUGCCACAGCUGGACCUUACAUUGAGAUAAAUAUGAAUCCAGUGAUCACUAGCAAGGAUCAGUCUUUAGUGUACAAGGAUGCCAUUUUCAUAUCAACUCAUAAAUUCAUUGGUGGUGUUGGAACCCCAGGAAUACUUGUGGCUAAGAAGAAAUUGUUUCGCAACCCUGUACCCUCUGGCGGUGGAGGAGGGAGUGUAUUUUUUGUGACAGAGAACAGCCACCGGUACCUGAAGGAGACUGAGAUGAGGGAGGAGGGCGGAACACCUGCCAUUGUAGAGUCCAUCCGGGCGGGGCUAGUGUUCCAACUUAAAGAGGCUGUUGGACACGAUGUCAUUUUUGCAAAAGAAACAGAGAUGUGCAGGAAAGCGCUUGAUGCGUGGUCCGAUUUAGAAAAUCUUGUUCUGCUGGGAAGUACCACUCCCUCUCGCUUGCCAGUCUUCUCAUUCCUCGUCCGCCACCCGGUCAGCGGUCUCUUCCUUCAUCAUAACUACACAUGCGCACUAUUGAAUGACUUGUUUGGUAUCCAGGCAAGGGGUGGAUGUGCAUGCGCAGGACCUUACGCUCAGGAUCUCCUUGGUAUAGAUGAGAAACUGGCCAAGCGGUUUGAAGCACUGCUGUUGGAAGAUAGUCGACUCGACAGAGGCCAUCUAAGACGGUACAACGAAUACUCGGAACACGAGAUUUUACGCCCUGGGUUUGUUCGUCUUAAUUUCCCGUACUUCAUGUCGGAGGACUCGGCCGCGUUCGUCAGAAAAGCCGUUCUAAUGGUGGCUGAGUCCGGGUGGAAACUGUUACCACAGUACAUGUUUAAUCCUGAAACCGGCGAGUGGCGGCACCGCAAACAUAAGGUCUUUCAUAAUCGUAAAUGGCUUGGGUCGAUCAGCUAUUCAACUGGUGAACUGACCUACCCGUCAUUCUCUGCUGGCUAUGAGGCUCUUCCCAAGGACCUACAGGAGUGUCUGUCGAAUGCAGAAGAAAUCUUUAGGAAUGCUGAGAAGAUGUCUACCUCUUUAAGCGACCAAUCGCUGUUUCUAGGGGAAGAAGCAGAAAAACUUCGCUGGUUUGUGCUCCCUAGUGAGUCAGCGGUUAUUAUCUCGGGUCAGACGCAUGGGCCACGGCGUCCUCCGUUUGUGCCAAAAAUUUGGCCACGUGACGCUCCUGACUUGAAGGUCAGGAGCGGGAUAAACAAAGACGGUUUAGUCAAUGGGAUUGCUACGGGAACAGUAGACAAGGGGAAUAUCUCCACAAAUGAAAUAUUUACUGGAAAUAACUCAAAUGAACUAGAUUGUCAGUCUUGUAAAGAGCGUGGUAAAAACCUUUCAAAUUUUAGUGGCUCUGCAAGCAUUUUGCAAGCUAUGAAAAACCAGAGAAUAGGAAAUGGAUCAAUUGAUAGGGGAACCAAUGAAAAAGGAUUGAUUGAGAUUAGCAAUGAAACGUGCAACUCGACAACGACUAAUGAUUGUAACUCAGAAACGAAUGAGGACACUCGCAACUCGAACGAAAUUUUUUGCGCCUCCAAGACGAGUGAUGCCAGUUGCUCGAACACGUACAAACAGGCUUGUAAUUCAAACAACGAGUGCAGAGCCUGCCUGCAGCCGAGGGGAAAGCAUAACGGAACAAAUGUAAACACGACUCUUGCGGAGGUUAACACAGUACGACAAGAAGACGGCUUCAAACCCAAGUUCUGCAACCCACCUAAGGCUAUCUUCAAACCCACUGUUCAGGCGAUUGAGGAGUACUCGAUGAUAAAUGAUGGCGAUCGCGUGCUGGUGUGUUUAUCUGGGGGCAAGGAUUCCCUUUCUCUUCUACACACCCUUCAUCAGUACCAGUAUCAGGCGAGGGCAAAGGGCUUGACGUUUCACGUGGGUGCCGCUACUGUGGACCCCCAGUCAUCUGCUUACGACCCCAGGCCGCUCAUCCCGUACCUAGCAACACUUGGUGUGCCGUACUUCUUUGAGGAACAGGAUAUCAUUCAGCAGGCCGCUGACCUGCCCGUCUGCGAGUCAAUCUGUAGCUUCUGCUCCCGGAUGAAGAGAGGCAGACUGUACGCGUGCGCACGUCGCCAUGGUUACAAUGUACUCGCUUUGGGUCAGCAUUUGGACGACUUAGCAGAGAGUUUUAUAAUGUCAGUGUUUCAUAACGGCCUACUGCGCACCAUGAAAGCCAACUACACAGUCCAAGAAGGUGAUUUGAGGAUCAUCAGGCCCUUUGUUUACGUGCGGGAAAAAGAUCUCAGAGAGUUUUCUACAAAAGCAAAGUUUCCGGUUAUCCCAGAGAAUUGUCCCGCCUGCUUUGAGCAGCCCAAGGAGCGUCACCGCACAAAGCAACUGCUGGCAGCACAGGAGAUCCUCUUUCCCGGACUCUACCCCAGCCUCCUGACAGCCAUGAAACCGCUCAUGGCGAGAAACCGCGUGGGCAUGGAAACGAGUAAAAUAAAAACUGGCGAAUUUGAGGGCAUUAGUUGAGAAGAACAGUGAUAUGAUGUCUUGUUCAAGAUAUCUAUUCGUAAUUGUACAGUAGACAAGGUACACCGUUUUGAAAUAUUGUUGGUUUCAAUAUAGGACAUUUCUGUAAUAUCUUAUGACUUGAUGUUUUAGUUUAUUUCGAAUAUUAAACAUUUUAUUAUUUGGGAUAAUAGCAUUAUCUAUAUAUUAUUUUAUUCUCCAGUUAUAUAAUUGAGAAUGGAAAGUUUCACAGUGAUUCAAGAAGAUUGUCCAUUAAUCUUGAUCUAUUCCUUCUCUGCUAGCAGAGGCCCAGCAAAAUACAGAGAAAAGAGGCCUCUGCUAGCAGGGAAGAUCUAUUCCCUAUUUCACCCAAUGAUAUGUAGGACACGUUUUAUAUGCAUUUGCCUUUUUAUUCCCAGUUCAUUUCCACAAAAAUAAUUCUCAUAAUACAUUAUUGCAUGUAAAGAUUAUAACAUCACCCGUGGACCUAUUCAUUUUCACCAGAAAAUGAACAGCCUAUCUAAUUCCCAAACCAUGUCCACACAAAAAUAAUUAUAAUAAUACAUCAUUGAAUGUAAAGAUUAUAACAUCAACUUAGGACCCCUUUCUUUUUAUCAGAGAAUUAAAUUAUCAUUUUCAGUUUACAUAUAGAGAUGUGAUUACACACCUGGCUUGACCAUAUUAUUCUAUUACCUUAAUAUUCUUAAAACCUAACUAGAAGGCAUAACAGAAUAAAUAAGAAUGUGUUCGAAUGACAUUGUAUUCACAUGCGAGUCCAUAUGUACUCAGGUGUGGUCUGUACAAGUUUAUAUUUUGAAGAAAAUCAAUUAAAAAUUGGAAUUGGUUUGUC